AAAAUGGCGACCUUGCAAGUUGCUGCUUUGAACGGAGCGGAACAGCAGAUGAGUUGAGUUGAUGAGAUCUCUGUUCACGCUUGUUGUUAUUUUAGCUAUUAUGUAGAAAUUUGUACUUAGUUGACAUAUUGGGAAUUUGUCACCGAUAUACUCAAAAAGGGUGGAGUAAAUAAAAUGGAGGAGGAAAAAGUUUCUUUGACUCCUCUUGCCAAUGAUGAAGUAGAUGGAGAUGUGUCUGAUGUAGCUGGUCUAGCUGAUUAUAGAGUAACUGUAAAUGAGUUAAAAGAAUUGAUGAAGAGUAGAGGAGCUGAACUUUUACAUAGGUUAAAUGAAAAAUUUGGUGAUAUUAACGGACUAGUCAGAGCGUUAAAAAGUUCUGCUGUAAAGGGAGUUUUGGACAUUGAUGGUGAUCGAGAAACUCGUGUUAAACUAUUUGGUAAAAACUAUAUACCACCACAGCCAUCUAAAACAUUUUUGAUGUUAGUAUGGGAAGCAUUAGAAGACACUAUUUUAAGAAUUUUAAUUGGUGCUGCAAUUUUAUCAUUGGUAUUAGGAAUGGUAUUAGAAGGUGUUGAAACUGGAUGGAUUGAAGGUUUUGCAAUUUUGGUUGCUGUUGCAGUUGUGUCCUUGGUUACUGCCCUCAAUGAUUGGCAAAAAGAAAAGCAAUUUAGAGAACUUCAAAACAAAAUAGAUAAAGAACAAAUGGUUGAGGUAAUUCGUGCAGGAAGAUCAGACAAAAUCCCUAAUGCAGAGAUUGUUGUUGGAGAUGUUUGCUCACUAAAAUAUGGAGAUCUUGUCCCAGCUGAUGGGAUAUUAUUGCAGGGUAACGAUUUAAAAGUUGAUGAAAGUUCUUUAACUGGUGAGUCUGAUAUUGUCAAGAAGACCAUUGAAGGAGACCCAGGUCUGUUAUCUGGUACACAUGUUAUGGAAGGUAGUUGCAAGUAUAUCAUUACAGCUGUGGGUCCGAACUCUCAAUCAGGAAUUAUUAUGAUGCUUCUUACUGGAAAAAACAGAGAAAAUACUGAUCACAAACCACCAACCGAAGACGGAAACUUAGAGGAUGUUGACUUAAGUGAUAGUGUCUCAGCAAAACAACCAAAGGUGGAGAAUGAAGAAAAAGAAAAAUCUAUUCUUCAAAAUAAAUUAACCAAGCUGGCUUUAACUAUUGGUUGGCUUGGUGUUGGUGCAGCUGUCAUAACGACCUUUGUAAUCAUCAUUCGCUUUUGUAUAGAAACUUAUGCUGUUGACAAAAAAGGUUGGAACAAGAAGCAUCUUCUCGAUUUUUUGAAUGCUUUCAUUACAGGGGUAACAAUUAUGGUUGUUGCUAUACCAGAAGGUCUACCUCUUGCUGUCACUAUAUCACUUGCAUACUCUGUAAAAAAAAUGUUGUUAGAUAACAACUUAGUUCGGCACUUGGAUGCUUGUGAAACCAUGGGAAAUGCUACUGCAAUCUGCUCAGACAAAACAGGCACCUUAACCACAAACAGAAUGACUGUGGUUGAAAGUUAUAUACAGGGAACCCAUUAUAGAUCAACUCCUCCACAUGGAUCCUUUCAACGAGAGUUUUUGGAUUUGUUUUGCCAAGGAAUCUCCAUUAACAGUAAUUAUGGUUCCAGAAUAGAGAGCUCAGAUGAUGGUCAAGGCUUACCCAAACAACUUGGCAACAAAACAGAGUGUGCCCUAUUAGGUUUCAUAUUAGAACUUGGUGAAACCUACCAAACAUUCAGAGAUGUAUCACCAGAAGAAACAUUUGUGCAUGUUUAUACAUUCAAUUCCACAAGGAAGUCUAUGUCGACCAUUAUCAACAACACUAAUGGUGGGUAUCGUAUGUUCACCAAAGGUGCCUCAGAAAUUGUUCUAGGCAGAUGUUCACAAAUUAUUGCUAGCCAAGGAACCCCUGAACCAUUUAGUGAAGAAGAUGCAAAAAAUCUUAUUGAGAAUGUCAUUGAGCCAAUGGCUUCCAAUGGAUUGCGUACAAUUUGUUUAGCAUACCGAGAUUUUCCUCAAGAUAAAGGUGUUCCUGACUGGGAAGAUGAGCCCUCAAUCUCAUCAGAAUUAGUAUGCUUGGGAAUAGUUGGUAUCGAAGAUCCUGUUAGACCUGAGGUACCUGCUGCUAUUCUUCAGUGUCAGAGUGCUGGCAUUACAGUUCGUAUGGUGACUGGUGAUAAUGUAAAUACUGCUCGUUCAAUUGCAUUGAAAUGUGGUAUUCUGCAACCCAAUAGCGACUUCCUUGUAAUAGAAGGAAAAGAAUUUAAUCGGCAAAUUCGUGACGCAAAGGGAGUUAUUCAACAAGAUCUUAUCGACAAUCUUUGGCCUAAAAUUCGAGUUAUGGCUCGUUCAUCACCUGAAGACAAAUAUGUUCUGGUUAAGGGUAUUAUUGAUAGCAAACUCAGUAAGAGUCGUGAGAUUGUUGCUGUCACUGGAGAUGGAACAAAUGAUGGACCUGCCUUGAAGAAGGCUGAUGUUGGAUUCGCCAUGGGUAUUCAAGGUACAGAAGUUGCAAAAGAAGCCUCGGAUAUUAUCCUCACAGACGAUAACUUUAAAAGUAUUGUAAUGGCUGUUAUGUGGGGAAGAAAUGUUUAUGACAGCAUUUCGAAGUUCAUCCAAUUUCAGUUGACUGUCAACUUGGUGGCAAUACUUGUGUCAGUGAUCGGUGCCAUUGCUUUCAAGCAAAGUCCGCUGACUGCCAUACAACUGCUUUGGGUGAAUUUAAUUAUGGACUCGUUCGCCUCCCUGGCAUUGGCGACUGAACAACCCACACGUGACUUGCUGGAACGUGCACCAUAUGGAAGAACGAAACCUCUCAUAUCUAGAUCAAUGAUGCGGUUUAUACUGGGCCAUGGUUUUUAUCAGCUCAUAGUGAUGUUGGUUAUGUGUUUUCACGGUCAUGUUUUGUUCGAUGUCGAGUAUGGUUUUAAUCGAGAACAUGGCGCAGCACCCACCCAACAUUUGACAAUCAUGUUCAAUACGUUUGUUAUGAUGCAGAUUUUUAACGAAAUAAAUGCGAGAAAGGUCCACGGAGAAAGGAACGUGUUUAGCGGUAUUUUCACGAAUAAACUGUUUCUAGCAAUCGCUAUAGGCACACUUCUCGUGCAGAUAUUGCUAGUUCAAUUCUUUGGGCGGGCCUUUAUGGUGGCACCGCUUGAUAUUGAUCAAUGGAUGUGGUGCUUGUUUUUUGGCUUCACUGAGUUGUUGUGGGGACAAGUUGUGGUGUCCAUACCCAAGAUCACUAUUCCCAAACGCUUUACCAUGGGCAAAGAUGGAGUUUCUCUUAACGAAACUGACCAUGGUACAAUGGGUAAAGUGUUGUGGAUGAGAAGUCUCUCCCGUCUACAAUAUCAGAUUCGAGUGGUAAAUGCAUUCCGUUCUAACUUGGACACACACAAUCGAACUCGAAAUAUCGCAUCGCCGGCUGUAUUUAAUUCUUUAGUAGCGCCCAUGGCAGGUGGAAUGGGUGUGUCGACGGAAGUGGAUGGAGGACACACUGCGUAAAAGGCAGCGAGUGACAGACACACCACGUGGUAUGAAAUUGAAUGUUAAAAUAUGAAAUGUUUAUCGCAUCUUAUAUGUUGUGUUCGUUGUUUGUGUAUGUUCUGACGAUGUUUAUCUGUUUGUUGCUGUGUUUUUUUUUAUUUUAUCGAAGUGUAAAUAAAAUUCAGUAGAAGCACGCUUUGGAAGAACGAUGAAUGGUUAUGGCUACAUGCAAUGUUUAACACUUUCUUCAUCUGCACGUUCUUCUUCUUAGAGUUAUUUUAUUUACACUCCUUAUGACUCCGGCGGUGUAAAGUGGAGAAGGUUUGGUUAUAAAUGUUGACUGAGUUGUAUAUCGGGUUAUGGAGAAAGGUGAUUUCAAAUGGUUUUACCAGACCUUUUUUUUCUUGAAUUAUACUGUUUUGUUACGAGUUUUCUAUUUUUCCAAAAAUAGGCAUAUAUCUUUCAACGCUUUAUCACGUCGUCAUUUGCAUUUUAUUUAUAAUGUUACUACGAGUCCGUUUUAAGUCAAGACUGACAGAAAUAUAAAUCCUAAUGAAAAUGUUUGAAUUAAACGAGAUUAAUUCUUAUUUUGCUUCACCACGUGUGUAAGGUGGUACGUCGCAUCAAAGAAAGCUGUCGAUUUGGAUGGAUAAUGUCUUUAUGAUUAGACACAUAUUUGAAAAAAGGCUUUGUGAAAAAAAGGUCGUAGUAAUUAAUUUAAUGCUUUAUUGGUUGCAUACGUUAUUAGACAAAUAUUCCAAAUACUAUUUUCUGCACCACACAGUAUUUAAAUGUAAUCAUUUGUGAGUUCUAUUUUGGAGAAGAGUUAUUUCCAAGAUGUAACUACAUGACGCUACACUUAGUUAAUCCUGCAAUCCCAAACGUUUUUUUUAUUUUCCUGAAUCACAGUUUAUUGGCUCGCUCUUUGUGAUCUAUAUGUUUGAUUUAACUAAAACAUUAGCUAUCUUUCUCUGAAAUCUUUUUUAACGCAGACAUUGUUGUUAUUUUGUUCCGCACACGGUAAAGUGGGUGUUUUCCAUGUAGUUGAAUUGUGUGUUUUAACAUGCAGUUGAAUUGAUAUCUUGGAUUCCGCUCUUCUAUUUAAAUUCCAAUUCCAAAUUUUUUUAUGCUACAGAUAAUGUACAAAGAAUAGCAGUUUGUAAACUCUUUAUCAGGCUAAUAUGUUCCAAAUUUUUUUCAAAGUAUGUUAUUUUACCAAAUAUAAAGUAGGAAACCAUUUUUUCAAGAAGUAUUCUUAAUGCACUUGAAAUUAUACCGUU